AUGUCGAAUCGGCGUUUCCUGUCGACAGUUCUGGUUUUGACCUUUGCCACUUUGAUUGUGUCUUUCGAAUAUGACAAGAAAAUGAAUCCCAUUCUUCGACACUUUGCUCAGCAGGACCGACUUAAACCGUUGAUGCAAGCAUUGCGGACCUCCAAGUCUGAAACUGAGGGCUACCGCAAUUGUUAUCUAUCGCCAAUUCAAUGCCAUUUGCCAGCGAGACGUGAGCCGCAGCAGCAACAAUUGUCGGUUCUCGAUGAUGAUGAAAUGAAUCGCUUCCGUCGAAUGCUGUUCCCAACUAAAUAG